GAAAUGGCGCCCUUCCGUCAGGUUGAUCACGUUCCUGUCGGAAACUUUCCUCAGCGAUUCGUAUGCGGCGGUCGCUGGACCGGCGGGCUUCGAUGGUCCGAUUCUGAUAUAUCUCCUUCUUUCAUGCUGGCUGGGAACGUGUCUUUCGUCUCUUCUUUUCGUCGUCUGCCCCUCUCCCCUUCUGCCGGUGGGUGACCUGUUCGUGGGGUCUUUUAUGGUCGAAGGGGAUUGACUCACCGAUUCUCCCCCCUUUCGUCCCAUUUUGGUAUUCUACUAUUACCUCAAGCUUUCUUGAUAAAGCCCGUGGAGGAUCAUGACGGCCAUCAUCCGGAAGUUGCGCCGGAAGCGCAAGCUCUCCUCGGAACUGGACUCGCGGUGGGGAGAUGCCUCCAUCACCUAUCCCACCGAGGGGUCCUGGAGCCAGUGGGAUCAACCUGCCGGUGUGGUGGCCCGGUCUCCAGAACGGGGACGACGACAUAGCUCUGUUGACACGGCCGAUCGCCGCAGCUGGUCCUCACCGCGCCAUCCGGUCAAUCGCACCUCGGGAGACUCGUCCUUGACCAUCCCCCGGGGCCACUAUGACUCCAAACUGCGCAAUCGACCCUCGAAGAGGAUCCCGGCCCCGUUAUGCGCAACUCGCAAUCCCCCUCGCACAUGGCAGGAUUCCGCCUCGGAGACCUUGUCCAGCGAUUCGUCUGAAGACGAUGACCCCGUGUCGGAGCUGGGCCCGUCCCGGGGACGGUACCCUUCUGCGUCCAAAUCGCCCCCGCUGUCCGUCACCUCCAAGAUGCGACGCUGCAGCAUCCAGAGCAAUACGACCGAUGGCACGGCCUCGAUGCCGGUCACGGCCAGCUCCAAACACACCAGCUACACCUCGACGGUCCCCUCGGCAUUGAGCGAGGGGCCUCGAUCUUCCCAUCUUCCCACCCACCACGAAAAAAUCAAGAGUCCCCGUUCUCCUUUCGUGAAAUCUCCACCCCCUCCGCCGCUACAGCUGCCACCGCAACCGCCCCAUCAGCCCCGGGGCCGGGAGCCCUACCGGGCGCCCGAGGUCGAGUCCACUGGACAGGAACUGGUGCCUUCUUACGAGGAGCUCUACGGAUGAUGCGAUAGAUGGCGGGGAGUAAUGAUUUCCGAAUUUACAGCGUUCUUGUGUUUCUACCAUUUCAUUCCUUACCAUCUACUAUAUGUGUUUCUCAGCAAUUCGUGUCUCAAACCACCCAUUCCCUCAUAUCAAGCUUCCUCUCUCCGUUCCUCGCCUCACAACCUGGGCCAACCAACCCCGAUAAACCC